AUGGAAGAUACAAGAAGUGCAGACGAGGAAUGGGAGCCUAAGCCUGGAAUGAUUUUUGAUUCGCUUGAUAAUCUUGUCCAACACUACAAAAGCUAUGGGAAUAAAAUGGGUUUCGAAGUUAUUAUACGAUCUUCAAAGAAAGGAUAUGAUGGAGAGGUGACAAAUGCGACACUAGCUUGUUCUUAUAUUGAGAAGUCGCGCAGUAACCCCAUAAAUGCUUUUAAAAUGCAUCCAGUGACAAAAACUGAUUGUAAGGCUCGAAUUGGUGCAGCUGUACAUUCUGACGGCAAAUGGAAAAUAUGUUCAAUUGUGUUUGAUCAUAACCAUGAACUCAGUAGUCUUACCAAAAGUAGAUAUUUCAGAAGCAAUCAAAUUAUACAACCAUACGUAAAAAGAAAGCUUGAAGUGAAUGAUAGGGCUGGGAUUAGGCCAAAUAAAAAUUUCAAUUCCAUGUUAGUUGAAGCAGGUGACGCUGAGAAUUUGCCUUUCCUACAGAAAGAUUGUAGGAACUACAUUGAAAAAGUUAGGAGGUUACGACUUGGUGUUGGAGAUACUUAUGCAAUCCAAAAAUAUUUUUUGAAAAUGCAAAAUGAGAAUUCUAAUUUCUUCUACAUAAUGGAUUUAGAUGAAGAAGGUCGAUUAAAGAAUGUUUUAUGGAGAAGUGGGGCUGCAUUUAAAGAGUUCGAUGAUGUUGUGACAUUCGACACUACAUAUUUGACCAACAAGUAUGAUAUGCCGUUUGGUUCUUUUGCUGGUGUUGAUCAUCAUGGUCAUUCGAUACUGUUAGGUUGUGGGUUAAUCUCCAACGAGGACAAAGUCACAAAGACAUUUGUAUGGCUUUUUCAAUCUUGGUUUGCAUGUAUGUUAAAUUGCGCUCCUAAAGCAAUAAUCACUGAUCAAGUUAAGGCAAUGCAAAAUGCAAUGGAGAUUGUAUUCCCUGGUACACGACAUAGAUGGUGUUUGUGGCAUAUAAUGAAUAAAUUGCCUGAAAAACUUAGAGGUUAUAGUCAAUAUGAACAGAUUAAGUUUUUUUUUUUUUUGCAAAAUGCUGUAUAUGAUUCAUUGACAUGUGAGGAGUUUGAAGAAAGUUGGAAUAGGUUCAUUGAUAAAUACAACCUUCACGAUAAUGAUUGGUUGCUUGGAUUGUACAAUGGAAGACGACGUUGGGUGCCGACUUUUGUAAAAGACUUUUGGGUAGGUAUGUCUACUACUCAACGCAGUGAAAGUAUGCAUGCAUUCUUUGAUGGAUAUGUUAAUUCAAAAACCACUUUAAAAAAGUUUGUAGAACAAUAUGAGAAUGCAUUGCGUGAUAAAGUGGAAAAAGAAAGGGAGGCUGAUUUUAAAUCUUUCAAAUCAUUGAUCCCUUGCAUAACCACUUAUGCUAUGGAGAAACAAUUCCAAGAUGCAUAUACCACUGCAAAAUUCAAAGAGUUUCAACAAGAGCUAGCUGCCAAGGCCUAUUGUGAUUUUUCUUCUUUCAAAGAGAUUGGUUCCUAUAUGGAAUCUAUAAUAAAAGAAAAUGUUUUGGUUGGAGAGACUCACCAUCGUGUUCCUUUUGUGGUUUGCUUUGAUGAAGCAACUUGUGAUGUUCGUUGUAAUUGUCGAUUGUUUGAGUUUAGAGGAAUUUUAUGUCGACAUGCAAUUGUGGUAUUGAUUCAUAAGCAAAUUUCUCAUGUACCAGAAAAUGUUGUAGCAGAUUUGACAUCAAACAAUGAGGAUGAUUGUAAUAUGGUGAAAGAAAUGAUCAAUGAUAUGAAGAACAAAUUGAUGUCAAAUAAAAGUGUCGGGAUUGAUAAAAGACCAAACAUGUCAGGUAAUAGUAGAAUGAUUUGUGAAGGUGGUGAUGAUACUUUGAAAGAAAGGAGUACUAAUAUUCUUACUCCACGGGCUGUUCGCAGCAAAGGUCGUCCCCCAUUCAAAAGAAAACAAUCAAAGGUUGAAAAAAUUGUUCAUAAAGUAAAAGGGAAGAAAUUACAACAACAAGAAGUUGCUAUGAGUUUGAAUCCUGGUCUCACACUUGGAUUUAAUCAAGCAACUCAGGGAUCAAAAGAACUUGAGUUUCAAGAAGUUGGAUGCUCAUGUUCAUUAGCUAAAGGGCAGCAGCUCCAGAUUUUUGGAGUUAGUGUAGUUUUUUGUGUGUUGGAUCUGCUCUUGAGGUGUUCUAGUGCUACAGCUUUGUUUUUGUUCUUUGCAGUAUUUGGGUAUGUUGGUUGUUGUGUGAUGGGUAGUGUUGGUGCAUGGCCAAACAAAGGAUUCUGGAGAGUUUUGUUUGGAGAUGCAGCAAUAGAAAACUACAUUUUUGCAGUUUCUAUAAGUAAGUUUGGAGCUGUGUAG